GCAUAGAGAUCAAAUCAGAUCUUACAAAAUACUCGGGUACUAAAAUAAAAUCAGGUCAUCCCUGUGACCCUGUCAUUCAUUCAUCUUCAAGCUCUUUUCUUGCUCUCAAUCUCCAUUAAUUAAUUAACGGAGGUAAAUAUGUAUUCGUUUCGUCACUGGUCUGAGAAAACCCUAGAUGAGAUGAGCGAAGGGGACUGGAGAAUCUUCUGUGCAGAAUUCAACAUCAAUUACAAAGGUGCCAGAGUUCCUCCGCCCAUGAGGAAUUGGUCUGAGAGUAAACUCAGCGCCGAGCUUCUUAAUGGAGUCCAGCGAGCGGGCUACGAGAAACCCUCCCCAAUACAGAUGGCUGCUGUUCCUGUUGGUCUGGAACAUCGCGAUCUCAUCGGUAUUGCUCCCACCGGCUCUGGUAAGACUGCCGCUUUCGUCCUUCCCAUGCUGAUGCAUGUUUAUAAUCUGAUGGUUGAAUCAGAGAAGAGCAUCGAUGAUGAUGAUGAUCAGGGACCUUGUUCUCCUUAUGCUCUUGUGUUGGCCCCUACUCGAGCCCAUGUUCUCCAGAUUGAGGAGGAGACUGUUAAAUUUUCCCCUUAUCUCGGAAUCAAGAUUUUCUCCAUACUUGCUGGGCAGCCAAUUGAUGAACAAGGUUCCAGACUUCGUCAAGGGCACUUCCAGGUUGUGAUAGCCUCUCCAUGCCGUCUUCUAGAUUGUUUGCAAAGGCGUUAUCUCGUCUUAAACCAGUGUAACUAUGUUGUUCUUGACAAAGCAGACCGUAUGAUUGAUAUGGGUUUUAAAGAUCAGGUCACAGAUAUCCUAGAUUCCAUGCCCCGCCUGCGGAAUAACAAUAACAUGAAACCCGAGAAUUUAGAUGGUGAAGAUGAAGAAGAAGUCAAUGGGAAACAGGUUUAUCGCACUACACAAGUCUUCAGUGCCACCAUGCCAUGGGCAGUGGAGAGGCUAGCGAGAAAAUACUUGAGAAAUCCGAUUGUUGUUAGGAUAGGCACAGAGGAGGAGGCCAAUGAACCCCCCAUCACACAACAUGUGAUCAUGAUGAAACCCUCUGAGAAAUCCAGUAGGUUACGGAUUUUACUGGACGAGCUUGAAGAUAAUAAGACUGCAAUUGUGUUCACAAACACUAAGAGCGAUGCGUGUACUAUUGCUAAAUUCUUGGGUAAGGAUGGCUAUCGCGUUGCGUUACUACAUUGGGGAAUGGAUGGGGAGCAAAGAAGAAUCAUCCUGGAUGGCUUGAAGAACAAUGAACACAAUGUCUUGGUUGCUACAGAUGUUGCAGCAUAUGGAAUAGAUGUUCCUCAUGUUGCACACGUGAUAAACUACGACAUGCCCGGGGACAUUGACACACAUGCUAAUCGUAUUGGCCGUGCUGUUGGGGAGGGUGGCGGUAUUUCAACAACAUUUUUGACACUGGAUGACACGGAUGUGUUCUGUGAUUUGAAGCAAAUGCUCAUUCAAAGGAAUUGUCUUGUGCCUCCCGAACUUGCCCAAGCAUGAUGACUCAUUCAGUCUUCUUUCAAAAGUAAUCUUAUGGAUGAAACAUCAUGGUAUUUGAUAUUUCUUUAUUUGUCAAAUAGUAGUAUUUGCUCCGUAUAUAUUUGCUAGUGUUCACGGAGUAUUGUUUAUCCAUAAUUGUUAUUUAGUUUAGUUAAAUAAGUGAGCUGAUUAUAUAUAAGCUUUGGUUUCCUUUUCAGUUAUUUUUUGCUUUUCUUGAACCGACGUGAUUAGGAUUAAUUUUUUUUAUUUUCAUAUAAAUUUGGGUAUCUUGCCUAGAAUAGAUAUCAUUCAAUAAAGACAAUAGGGAUCUCUUAUCAUCGAUCACUCCGUUGCAUGACUGAAUUUUCAAAUUCUUGAGAACACAACUUCUUGAUCUGGAAAUAUGACGAAACAUGUGAAGAACACCAUUGCAAACAAUAUACGCAUCAGCAAGUAGCGCGAAAGAACUCAAGAUCACAGCUUUCUCAGGGACGUGAGAUACCUGAUGUCCAUAAAGGUAAAGAGGGCGGGGCUGUACUACUUUCUGCCUUCUCUUCUAGUCUAGUACAUAUGCUUGGUGAAGGUUCACGAAAACACUGUUAUGAAUAUGAUUGGAUUUGUUUCAGCAUAAAGGAGAAGGGUGUAU